AUGGAAGACUACAGUAUUGAGGACUAUCAGAUUUUCGGUGGCACUGCGUACGAUGGCGAUUACGCCAGGUACGGUUCUCAGAAUGCGAGACUGCACAGUUCUUUUGGAUACAGAGCAGAACCAUCGGCUGAUACAGCAAGGGACAUAAUAGUAAUCACAUUGAACGAGGAGAUGGUAAUUACUGGAAUAGCCACACAAGGGUAUGGUGGACCUGGCGUUCUGGAAUGGGUUACGGGCUUUUAUUUAUUAUAUACGUCUUUUGAAGGAAUCCGACUGCCUGUCAUAAACGCCAAUGGACGAGAAAUGGUAAAAUAAGAGAAACUGGCUUGCUUUUACUUUAAUAUAUCAUUUUCAUCAUCAUUGUUAUUUUAAUAUUUUAGGAGGACUUGCAUGUUGAAAGAUUUGGAAGACAAUUUGCAGAGGCUUAUUGUAUUCCCUCUUUAAGUUCCGGAUCGAUAGUGAGCUUCCAAGAAUAUCAUAUCGUAACUUGUAGCAAUAUUUAAGAAAAAAGAGUUUUUCAUCUAGGUGAAAAUGGAUCUUGCAGAAGGUCACAAUGCUGUCUUUUAUUUAGUUAACAUCCAAAUUAUCCCUACUGCUUAUAAAUUUUUUACUAUGAUAAAUAAGAUAUAUAAUACUAUAAUUAAGAAUUUGUUCAUGCUUAGCGUGCGUAUAUCGAGUUAUGGAUGACGCGGGAAGUUUGGAGAGCACGAAAGAUGCGUAAGAGUUGCACGAGGCGAUAGCCGAGUGCAACUCUAGCUUCUUGAGUGCUAGCUCUCCAAACUUCCCGAGUGCAUCCAUAACUCGAUAUACGCACAGCUAAAAGCAUGAGCAAAUUCUUUUAUAACAUAGCUGACAAAAAUGCUUGCUUUUUGAUUAACUGCAAAAUUCUCGUAACGCGUUACACAAUAACAAAGGGUUCUAUUGGCUGAAUACGAACACGCCACAAUCGUCUAGUUUGAACGAAAAUAUUCUUUCUGUAAAACUGAGAAAGUAAAUUUGCUUCUUUAUUCGUUAACGAUCAAUGGAAACUAAGCAGGAACAAAGGUAAAAGAGUCUUAAAGUUCACCUAAAGUGAAAAUACUAACAUGUUCGUAAGAAGUCGUGGAGUAUGGUUUGGAUUUGCUGAAAAGAUGUUUACGUUUUGCUCGGCGAAAUCCAGAAAACAUGUUUUUAGCGAAGACGACUGUCAUCCUUCUUUAAACUUAUAUUCAUUUACGAACUUUGGCUGGUCAUUACGGCUUCUUGAGGAGACCUGGCAGCAGUUGUUUUUGUGAGUGAUAAAUUUAUGUCUUCUUAUGUAAUUUGUGUUGUUAUUGCGAGAGAAAUUUUCCUGCUUCAGUCGGAUUGUUCGGAGAUAACAAAAGUGCAUAACAAAUUUAAAAACAACAAUAAAAACGGAAAUGUUACCCAUAAGUGUUGUUGAUGACCAGUUGGUGUUCGUUCUGUUCCCAGUGAAUGUCUUUCGGCCAAAAUUUGCUGCAGCUGGUCUUCCGACAAAUUUGCGAAACUCGCUACUUGCGAGUUUUUUUAAAUUCAGCUUUAUUUUUGCUGCCUGUUCGAUCAGGACCUAAAAGGUCAAUGCCGAUAUAAAAAUCGGGCAGCUCUUCGCUGGUUUCUUCCGAAGGAAAACUGCACUACAGCUUAAAAGACGAGAACUGUACUUUGCAGCCAGCUAAAAAAAAAAUGCUCACGUCAUCUUAUUUACGCACGGGCGUGCGUAAAUAAAGAUUUUGUUCAUAGCGGCUCAAUAGAACUUAUAUAGGGCAAGCACGCGCGCUAUGUUAUAAAUAUAUAUUAUGCUCAGCGUUGCACAUGUCAACACCUGAGUUCUUUGCAUUCUCAGUUUCUAUUUUUUCCGUCUCUAUUAAAAAAAAAAAAAAAAGAACAAUAACAUACAUCUUUUAGUGGUUUUACAACAGUUCUUCUACAGAUAUAUUUAUAAAAACAUAUAUUAUCACUUGAAGAAUAAACACAGUUCAGCUCUUCGUGUAAAAAAGGAAAACAAUGGUUGGUUGUUCCCCUUUGGAAAUUUCCACCAUGGAUGAAUUCUCUUUGUGUUUUAUCCGAAAUUUCGAAAAGCAUUUAGAAAGGUUAGAGCUCUUUCUCCAGAGGAAUUUCUGUUAUUAUACAAACAACAUUAUCUGACCAUACUUUUAUUCUAUUUUCUCUAAUUAGUUCUUCAUUGGCAAUGCAGACAGCAACACCAUCAAGAGAUGAAUUGCCUAUCCCUGUUCUUGCAUCUACGGUGUACAUUAAACCUAUCACUAAACACAAGAAUGUUGGUUUGAGAUUGGAGCUUUAUGGGUGUAAAGGA